ACUUGUAGUGACAUCUAAAGACGUACUGUCUGUCGCCACUUAUACUAACCGAUAUCACACUAACAGCUACAAAAACUCAAGUGGAUCAAAUCUAAUUAUUCCUUCUUGUCACGCAUAUGGCCUCCAUUUCCAGAACUCAACGCGCCGCCGAGCUCCGAUCCGGCGGCAAAAUAGUCCGAGCUAGGCGAACCGUUGCUCCCAGGACUCCCUACGAGCGGCCUCCUCGAUUCCUGCCCAAUUCGCCUCCUCAAAACCCUAAUUGGCUCUCAAGACUCAUUUUGUCUCCUACUCGUAUGAUUGCUAACGGUGCCGGUAAAGUUCUUUCCUCUGUCUUCGGUCCCGUCUCCUCCUCCUCCUCCUCCUCCUCCUCUUCGUCUUCUGGUGGCGAUUUCACUUCAGAGGAUGAUGCAGAUGAUGCCAAUGAUGACAAUGUUAUCGCUUCUCAGGAUGCUACCAGACUGGAAAAGAAUCAGACAUUUGAAAAGAUAAAUGCCUCAAGGAAAGAUCCCCAGGUUUUAGAGUGGAAGAGUGAAACAAAGCGUGCAAUUGAACAGAUUAUCAUGCGGGAAACUUUCUCGAGGGAAGAAUGCGAUAGAUUAAUACAUAUUAUCAAAUCAAGAGUUGUGGAUUCUCCCAUCACUGGAGGCCUAGCUGGGAGACUAAAUGAGAUACCUGACUCGACAGGUUUCAGGGAUGUUGAUAUGCCUGAUAUCUGCUGUGCAGCCAUUUCAGUGGCUAAAAAAUGGAUAGAGGAGAAGAAAUUGGUGUCAAAUUCAAAGUCAGAAUUGGAGUGUGGAACCUGUACUCUGAAUACUGCUAUGUUGCCACAAGUUACAGAAGAUGAAGUGGGUUCACCUGCGGACAUAGCCAAAUCUUACAUGCAAGCACGCCCCCCGUGGGCAUCUCCAUCCCUGAGCAACAUUCAGUUACAAUCUCCAUCACCAAUGGGGAUACAGCUUUUUAAGGAAGAAAAACCAAAUUUAUUUGGUGGCAGUUCUAUGCCUUCAUCCAAGCUGUUUAGGAAUUCCUCCGCCACUGGUUCUUGGAAUAUACUGGAGGAAGUACGAAAAGUGAGAUCUAAGGCAACUGAAGAGAUGUUGAGGACUCGACCAUCGUCAAUAAUUGAUUGGCCUACAUUAGCUUCAGAUGACAAAAGGAGCCCUUAUUCAUUGGUACCUGAUAAAGCAGAACCUGUUUCACAGAUAGCACAACAAGGAUUGCAGAAUGAAGCUUCUCCACCAGAUGUAGCUACCUCAAUUUGCAAACAAAGUCAGUAUCUGGGAGCAACACAGAUCAUUGAAGGAGUUGAAGAAGGGAGCCAUGGACAAAGACUCGAACCUUCAGAAUAUAUGAAGAUUUCACGACCAUGUGGUGAUGCUCAUGUUGAUGAGCCCAACGAUGCUGAUGGGGUUUGCGAACCUUUGAACCAUACAGUUGCGGGAGAUACUCGAGAUUCAACAUUACAUGAAAUAAAUUGUUCAACCAUGGCAGAAGUUGCUGAAAGGAAUGUUGCAGUUACUGCAAAUGGUUUCCCUCCUUCAGGAUCUAGUUUGGCUGCAAGUCUGCAAGGAGAAGAGAAGUCUAAGCCAUCUGAUGAGCAGCACCAUUUGGUUGAUUCUGCCCAUGACAACUUAACAAGAGGUGCUCCUGUUGGUGAGACUUGUGAGCAUUUGAGUGAAUCUUACAUGGAGGUGGCAAUUGUGAAUGAAAAUGGCACGGAACCUGCAGGUUCCCAAAAUAGUUCUAGCUUGCACCAUGAAGAGUUAUCGCAGGAUUUGCCCCCACCAAAUUUGAAGCGUAAUGCCGUCAAGAGCAAUGAUGUUGCGGUCAUUGAGAAGCGUACAAGGAAACGGAUAUAUAGAUCACGGGUUUAAUAAUCUUUUUUAUUGCAUCUGUAUUUUACUGUAAAAUGGACUGUAAACUAGUGUAGAAGAAAAGAUGGCACCACGACAGGCAUUUGUAAACUGUAGGGACAUGGAUAAUUGUUAGUUUAGUAUUUAACCGAGCAGGUUUUUGGCCAUUGAAUUGGGUGGUGCCAAAACCGGCGUCUGUAAACUGUAAUGAGAUGGAUAAUUGUUUAGCAUUUAACCAAGUAGGCGUUUGCCUUAAAGCCA